UGGACAUGUGAGUCGUUGGGUCAUUUUGAUGCAAGGGGACAGUGCCAAGUGGGUAAUGGUUUAUGGAUGAUAUCACGAUGUGCGCAUGACUGGCCAUACGACAUAAUCCGAAGCAAAUGCGAACAACCGGUCACAACUUUGAGGAAUGCUUCGGACAUUGCUCGGUACCUACCGGCGAUUAAAUAUGAUUUGGUGUUUCGAAACCAUUUUUGCGCGCUAUGUAACAGAAUCAAGGGUGAUUUUGAAUAUUUUCCUUUAAAAAUCAAAACUAACAUUCUACCACCUAAACGAUAUAGUUUUGAAAAAAAAAUCAAUUUUUUAUUGAUCCACGGAGCCGAGUUCCCAAGGAGUGGACCACAAAAACCAAAAACUAACCAGACCAGACGAUACUGUUUAAAGCCAAUUGUGAACUCGUGUCAAAAUGACAAAAGGAAUGACACUUGUAGGAAUGGACCUGUGAGUAUAAUCUCAAUUUUUGGACAGCAUUAUAAAAACUACGAAUGUGCUUUAUGUAACAAUCCCCUCGGACCUUAUCAAUGUUUCCCGGACUUGUUAAACCAAGUUUGUAUGUUAACAUCCCCACAAAAGUUUACAUUGAAUUUAGACUAUGGAAACAUUACGUCAAAAUUAGCUUUACAUCGUUCAUGUUCCGGAUACGACGUAAGAUUAGAAGAAUGCGUUCAAGUAUUGCCAAUACCAACAGGAAACAAGGACUCUUUUCGUAUUUUAACAUGGUUAAGUCCAUCAGCAAACGACAGGUUCAAUAAAAAUGACUUCAAAGGUAUAAUGAAUCAGUAUUAUGGUAUUGAAAGCUCACAGAUACAGAACAUCAGUAUACAAACAGUUCUAAGGGUAUUUGGAUUGCCUUCCUAUUCAGGAACACCAAUAUUAUAUCAUUUAGUUCAUUCAACAAUUGUUUUAACUCCAGAACAGAGUUUUAAUAUAUACUAUAAUGCAUCUUCAAGUUCGAGAAAUCUUCAAGAAUUCAUAUAUUUUAAGCAAUCCAAUGCAAUAACUUGGAAUAACAUCACGUACACUAUAAUUAAAACUACAUCACGUCCAUUAUCUUGUGUUGGGAAAAAAAUUUACAAUCAACGCAGUUAUACAGUUAUUGACGACGAUAAAAUUAAAAUAAACUCGACUGGGAAAACUUAUGAAAGAUCACAGUACUACGGUGAUAUUGGAAAUAAUGUUGUGGUUUGCGAGGAAUACAUGCCAAACGGUUGUCAGCUGACCAAAGUUGGUCUCACCAAGAAUGACGUCACCAUAUACAAGAAUUUGGCUUUGAGAGUGAACAACACUAGAAUGUUUUAUAAUCGCGGCAACUAUGAAGUUUCUAACGGCUUAAUUUCACUAUGCAAAACAAGAGAAUCUUCCACACCAACAUGUUCAACUCAAAUGUCAUGCAAAGGUCGCUGCAGUAACAAGACAGAAUGGCGAAACAUUGUCAAAAUGACAUGCUCAUGUGAUCCAGAUUGUCAUAAAGUUUUCGGAGAUUGUUGUUCAGAUUACACAAAGUAUUGUGGAGCGCAAACAUCUGGAGAAACACCGAGGAAGACAUAUAACUACACAUGUGAGAACUUUGGCAAAUAUGAUUCAACAUUUUGCCCAGUCGCAGACGGAGUUUGGAUGGUUAGUGGAUGUUCAUAUGAAUGGCCUCGCGAUUCAACGCGAAGCAAGUGUGAGACACCAAUAGAAGAGCUCCCACAAUCGUCGGAUAUCUUAACAGAUAUCUUUGGUUAUCUUCCAGUGAUAUCCAAGGAUAAUACAACAUUUCGUAACAUGUAUUGUGCAAUUUGUAAUAAUGAGAUGGAGUACAAUUCUUGGCCGCUUAAAUUUCGAUCUGCAGUAAUACCCCCAGAAACUUCCAAUAUAACCAAAAUUAUUCGCUUCCUGGAAAAAUACAACGCGCGGUUCGGUGACCACGUGGGACCUAUACCAGCAACAGAUCAAGCUAGGCGAUACUGUUUGAGAAGAAUUAUCAAUAAAUGCCCACCAGGUAAAGAGGAUCCAUCGUGUGAUUAUGGAAAUGUUAAUUUAGUUUCAUUCGGCAGUUAUCAUCUUUACACUAACAAACGUUGUGCAGUGUGCAAUGGUUUAUCCAAAGAUAGGGUGAGCGUUCCUCAAUGUUUUCCAAAUGAAAUUAUUAUGCCAUGCGACAGAAUUUUUCAACCUCGGUCGUUAUCCAUUGUAUUUGGACACACGCAAGGACAGAAUGAAGUUGUUCGUUCAGUCCCCAUAUACGAUGAAAGAUGUGAAAGAAACGGAUUGGUCUAUGAUGAUAAGUUACAUGUCUGUCGUGUUAACUGGUUACCUUCACCAGAAGAAAAUGGAAGAGAAAUAUUUUAUGUCUUGUCUUGGCUACAACCAUCGCAGAUUCAGUUUGAAAUAUCAUUUACAGCAAUGGAUUUUCAGAACUCGCUUUCUAAAUACUUAAACAUGACACGUGAACAAUUCUUCGACAUCAAUAUAACGAAAGUUUCUGGUCGUCGAACACCGAUAAUUCAGUUCUACAUUGUGGAAACAAAGAUCAUCUUAACAUCACAACAAAGUUUGCAAUUUCUAUUCAACACGAUAAAUGCCACUGAGUUUGACAAACGAAUUCGUGAGUUUAUAUACUUUAGGGAAGAAUUUUCUCUUCAAAUCAAAAAUCUAAACUAUACCAUCAUCAAAACAACAUCCCGACCCCUUGCUUGUGUUGGAAAGGUAACAUACACUCCUGAAGAAUACAUUUUACAGCAGAAUGAACGUGUUUUGAUACGAAGCACAAAUGAAACUUUGAACAUUAUGAAUACUACCGAGAAAGGAAAGAAAACUUAG